AUGGCAACGUCAGCCACUCUCGCCGUUCUGGCACGCCGCAGCCUGCGGCUGGCCCCGCUGCUGCUGGGGAUUCUUGCUGCCGAGCUUUGGCGCUGGUUGUGGAGGCGCUGGGCACGAAGGUCGCUCAGCAGGCCCUUGGCGAUCAAGGAAACCAAGGGGGUGCACCGACGGCCAGGUGUAGACGAUGACCUCCGCUUCCAGCAGAUCGAGGAUGACCCGCGUGAUCUGCCGGGUGCUGCAAUUGGCAAGGCUCAGCUCGGCGCGAGGGGCAUCCCAGUUUCUGGGGGCAUGAACACCGUCUCUUUGGAUCCGGCAUCGACGUUUGUCGAGCCUGGCUUGCGCUGCAUCUGCAGCGUGGAAAGCGACGUGUAUUCGGGUACAAUCUGCCCUGAAGAUCUCGUUGUGGCCCCGGACUUCUUCGGGAAUGCAACGGACAUGCAGAUGUACGACAAGCUCUUGGUUGAGAUGCAGGAGAUGACUGCGGAGAAGAGCGAGUCGGAGCAAGUGAUGGCUCGUAUUCGAGAGUACUUCCGGCUCGACCGCGAAAGCUGCACUAGCUGCCUCACCUGGCAUCAGCAGACGGGAGAGCCGGCAUUGACAGUCAAAGAUCCGGACUUCGAUGCCACGCAGGGUUCCGGCAGAUUCGAAGCUGUGGCGUUCGCUGUAUUUGGCGGCUCCUGUGAGCUACGCCUGCAACGUCCAGGGAAUAAGCGGGACUAUGUGGCGAUCCCCUGCAUCAACGGUGCAUUGCAUCUGAUGGGCGCGGCAGCGUUGGCCAGAUGGCGCUGCGAACGCACCACCUGGGAUAACUGGGAUAAUGGCCUUGUCUCCUUGAUCAUCCUGGGCCGGCCCUGGGGAAUGUCAAGGAGGAGACUGGCCGCAGUGCCGCCGAACCCGGUUCCACUGCAGAUCAACCUUGCCGACCCUCUACAUCGCCCGGCGAUGCGCAUCCGAGUCACACGCCAAGAUGUGGAUCGACUCAGCCACGAUGAUGUGAUUGUCAUGCCGGAGUUCUUUGGCCGUGCCAACGACUGGGAUGCAUACUACACGCUUUUGCGUGAGGUCCGUGAAGGGCAGGCCAAUGGCAUCGAUCAAACGAAGUGGGAGUCCUGGCAUGAAGGUGCCCACCUCCUGACCAAGAACCCCAGCUGUUCAAGGGCGUUCAACGACGUGCUGGACAGAAUCUGUGACCAUUUCAGCAUUGCGAACGGCCACUUGCGGCACUCGGCGAGUCGCGAGGUUCUGGGGAUGCGCUUCAACUGGUACAGGGACGGUUCGGACUGGAAACCUUUCCACCACGACGCGGCCGCCUUUAACCCGCGAAUGGCCGAAAAGCAGAACUGCACCGUGGGCGUCUCCUUCGGAUCCUCCAGGGAGCUGGCUUUCCGGAAUACGGCCAGUGGUGAUUUGCUUUACUUUCCACAGAGCAAUGGUAUGCUCUUCUUCUUUGGGCGAGACGUGAACAUCCGCUGGCAGCACGGACUGAACGCCCUGCCCUUGGAGCAGCAGAGUGGCAAGGGCCGAAUCUCCAUCAUCCUGUGGGGCCUUUGCCAGCUGGCCAUUGAGGAGAUGGGGUCACCACCUAUGCUGCCACCCCGGGAUGAUGGCAAGGGCAAGGGAAAGGGCAAAACCAAAGAUGCGAGACGAGAGCCUGGCAGGAAUCUCCAGAUGGGCCAGCGGCGUUUCAGCAGCCGCCCACAUGGAAACGGUUAA